AUGAGAACGCAUUAAAAAAAAUUACAAUUCUUGUCAUAAUAACAAAUUAAGUAAUUAAGUAAUUUAUUGUAGUUUUAUAUGGCGGAUUGUUUUUGAAUUUGAUCCUUUAAAAAACACCCAAGAGAAAAUGGCUGCAGCUGAUCAUAAAGCAAUAUUUGGAACAUCUAAUAUAAAAUCUCAUUAGGAUGAUUUAAAUUGGGGCAAAUAAACCUUUCAUGAUAUUUACACAUUUACAGAAUCUUAUAAUCUUUUAAAGCAUUUUAUGUAUUUAGCUAUAUAAAAUUUAAUUGAAUCUACAUAAAUUAAUUCCUAAAUAAGAAUACUUUAUACAUUUAAUGCAUUUUCUCCAUAUUAUGAAUUCUUUAAGAUGCAUCCUCCGUUUAAUAGAUAAAGUUAAACAUAAAUUAUUAGAUCAAUUAAAAAUACUAUUAUUGUGUAAGGAUUUUAAAAAAUAUUCACAUGUACCUAUGGACAGAAGAGUAAAAGUAGAGAUAAAUAGUUAAUAAUAGAGGUUAACCUAUUAAUAGUUAUUCAUUCAAUUGAAUAUUAUUUUAAGAAGUUAUUCAUAGAAAUCUUAAAGUUUAUGAAUUUACAUAUGAAAGGUUAAAUUUUUGAUAAAAAAUAAUUAUUUUAUACCUUAUUUAAUAAUGAUAGAUUGAUGAAUUUAAAAUUCUUACAGAAGAUGAAAAUUAAAUUAAAAUAUUUAUGGAUAUUUAUAAUCACACUUAAGUAAGAUGUAGAUAAUAAAAAAACAGAUGCUUUUUUUAAAAGGGAUUGA